AUGAGCGUAUAUUGGUUCAAAAAUUUCGCUGGUAUUCGUCAAUCUGAAUUCGAACUACUAAAGGUGCCAAAUCCUACUGCAGAGUUUUGUAUCCACGUCACGAUGAGAAGCAUACAGACCGGAGCUCUUCUUGGCUCGAUUCUCGGCCCUCUGACAGCAAUGAUGUUUGAAGGCAAGAAGAUGAAUUCAAAAUAUAUCCGUGACACAUUCGUAGGCGGUGGCACAACCGGAGCAAUGAUCGGUGCAUUGAUGGGACCAGCCCUAACCUACUUAUCGCUCAGAGACAUGAAUACUCUACAGUUAUAUGACAAAUGUUACCGGUUGAGAUUCGACAAGCAGCAGCUAUGGCAGGAUCGUUCGUGCGUAGUGUCAGCUGCUAUCGGUUAUUUGGCCAACGGUUCAAUGGGAUUCGUAAUUGGACUAGAUUUGGCUGUGCUCAUGAGCAACCUCAUGGGAAAAGCCUGGUAA